AUGUCGAAAAUAAAGGCAAAGAAGACCAGGAAGGCCAGAGGUCAUGUUAGUCAUGGUAUGGGUCGUGUCGGAAAACACCGGAAGCACCCUGGUGGACGUGGUAACGCUGGCGGUGAGCAUCAUCAUCGUAUAAACUUCUGUAAGUACCAUCCUGGUUACUUCGGUAAGAUCGGUAUGGACCACUACCAUCUGAAGCGUAAUCCUUACCACUGCCCCACAAUCAACCUUGACAAGCUAUGGUCUCUCGUGUCUGAACAGACUUACCAGAAGUACAAGAAUUCCAAUGAUGGAAAGGCACCAGUGAUCGAUUGCGUUCGUAAGGGUUAUUUCAAGGUUCUUGGCAAAGGAAUCCUUCCUAAAAUCCCUGUCAUAGUGAAGGCCCGUUUCUUCUCAAGGAGAGCAGAAGAGAAGAUUAAGUCUGUUGGUGGAGCUUGUAUACUUACUGCCUAA